AUGGCUUUCGAAGAUACUCUCCGUCUUCUCAUCAACACUGCUCUCUUGGACAGGAUUUUCGGUGAGGGCGCAAGCAGUUGGAAUGAUCUAUCUGAGAUAAGGCUACCGUCUCACAUCAUCAAGACUGGUCGUCGGAUUCCGCUCAAGGAGAAGCCGAUGGAUGUGCCGGUGCUCAGACGGAUGAUCCAUCACAACCUGACGAGGGCCCGUCAAAAUAGUUGA